GAGAGAGAGAGAGAGUUAAAUAGCCAAGGGAACUUUUCAACUCUCUCCAAGAGUUAAAAACCCAGAGUCUGUGAGUCUCUGUUACAUGACUUAAUCAAUAACAAAGAGCAGCAAGAGGGAAGUUUGCAGAGUUCUGCUUAUCUUUGUGAAUGCUGUUUCUGGAGCCAGUGAUGAGACAGACCCAACACCACCACAUUUAUAGUUUCUCUCUACCUUCCACGUCAACUUCUGAGCUACACUCUUUUCUUUCCGUGGAUUAUUUUAUAUUUUUCCUCCCACUAUUGCUGAUGUCGUCCUUGAGGAUUUAGAAGAAGACUCCACAGAAGGAAGGAUUCACUUUUCUUCCCUUUUAAUUCAAGGUUUUAUUCACCAACUGAUGACUGUAUGAGAGUUUCUACAUCUAGAACAAUGUCUUCAUGCUGGAGGAGAAUCUCCUGCUUGCCAGUGAUGUUGGGUGCCUCACUGGUUGUUCUCACAGCUGUAACUGCUGGACCGAACCAGGACAGACGUCAGGCUGGGUCAUGUUUUGGAGGCUUUGAUCUCUACUUUGUUUUGGACAAAUCUGGGAGUGUGCAGAACCACUGGACUGAAAUCUACCACUUUGUCGAACAUCUAGCUCAAAAAUUUAUCAGUCCACAGUUGCGAAUGUCUUUCAUUGUGUUUUCCACUGAAGGAACGAUCUUAAUGAGAUUGACAGAAGACAGGGAACGCAUUCGCAAGGGUCUGGAAGAGCUGCAGAGGGUUCAACCAGGGGGAGACACCUUCAUGCAUGAGGGCAUUCUGAGGGCCAGUGAGCAAAUAUAUUAUGGAAACACCGAAGGUUAUCGAACUGCCAGUGUCAUCAUAGCUCUGACAGAUGGAGAGCUGCACGAGGAUCUGUUUUACUACGCUGAGAGAGAGGCCAACCGUUCCAGAAGUCUGGGUGCCUCAGUUUAUUGUGUGGGGGUGAAGGACUUCAAUGAGACACAGCUGGCAAAGAUUGCUGACAGCAAGGAUCAGGUCUUUCCUGUAAACGAUGGAUUUGAGGCUCUGCAAGGAGUUAUCGAUUCGAUUUUGAAGAAGUCAUGCAUCGAGAUCUUGGCAGCAGAGCCGUCCAGUAUCUGUGCAGGCGAGUCUUUCCAGGUUGUGGUGAGAGGAAAUGGAUUUCUUCAUGCUCGAAAUGUUGAUAAAGUCCUGUGCAGCUUUCGAAUCAAUGACACCCACACUAAGAUGGUGAAGCCCUUGAUUGUGGAAGAUACAUAUCUUCUCUGCCCUGCUCCAGUGCUUCAAGAUGAAGGAAUGGCUGCAAACCUUUACGUCAGUAUGAAUGAAGGGCUCAGUUUCAUCUCCAGUUCAGUCACCAUUACCACUGUGGGAUGUUCUGAUGGCACCAUCCUGGCCAUAGCUCUGCUCAUCCUGAUGCUGCUCCUGAUAUUGGCUUUGCUCUGGUGGUUCUGGCCUCUGUGCUGUACUGUGAUCAUCCAUGAGCCGCCACCACCACAUGUGGAGGAGAGCUCGGAUGAUGAGGAUAAUGAAACCCCCAAAAAGAAGUGGCCAACAGUUGAUGCCUCAUACUAUGGAGGAAGAGGAGUUGGAGGGAUUAAAAGGAUGGAGGUACGCUGGGGUGAAAAAGGUUCCACAGAAGAAGGAGCAAAGCUGGAAAAGGCCAAAAACGCCAAAGUGAAAAUGCCCGAGCAGGAGUACGUGGGGAGCACUUCUAGGGUUCUCAACAAUGGCAUGCAGAAACCCCCAGCACCACGCAAGUGGUACUCACCAAUUCAGAGCAAGUUGGACGCUCUGUGGGUUCUUUUAAAGAAAGGCUACGACCGUGUGUCUGUGAUGAGGCCUCACCCUGGCGACAAGGGCCGAUGCAUAAACUUCACACGCAUCAAGUCUCCACCUCCACGUUACCCUCAUUACAGCCACCAAUCACCUCCUAUAUACAACCCAUCCAGCAGGAGUCCACCUCCGCCGCAGGGCACGCUACCACCGACCCCCAGCCGCCCACGGUCCUCUCCAUCUUUCUCCUCUUCUGAGCUUCCACUGCUCCCUCCAACACCACCUCCGUGUUCCAUUACUCCCUCUCCUCCCGCCUCUCCUCCCCCUUACACACCACCUCCAAACCUGGCUCUUCCUCCAAUCACCAUGCCGUCCCUCCCACCUACGCCCCCACCUUCUGGAUCACCUACUGGCUCUCUCCCUCCUCCUCCUGGACGGGCUCCUCCACCUCUGCGUCCACCUCCUCGCCCCGAACUGUAAAGUUGUGACACGUGUUGCGAGAGAGAAAACUGGCAAGAAUAACAAAGGCAACAGAGUGCAGUGACCAGCACAUGAUCAUCCUUGAUGACACAAAAGUCAUGACCUCUCGCUGAGUGCCGGCUGCGGCCUUUCUGCCUCACGAUGAAGCAGUAAAGACUUUUUCUUUCAGCUAUUUGUCUACAGUGACUUUUGUACACAUCUAGCCCAACGGUGCAAUUAUUUUGCUGUGAUGCUUGAAUGACAAAGAUCUUCCCUGUGAAUGAGGUCAGAGACACCAGCUCAGAAACAGUCAUGGCUCUGUGAGCUGCUCUGUUAGGCCCUGUUGUCUCUUCCUGCAAAAGCACAGAAUUUUGAAUGAAUCAGGUUUUUUUUUUUUUUUUAACAUUAAACAUUUGUUUUUAAAGUGAUUCUGACUCUUGAAUAUGUGCCUGUGUUAAACUCCUGUCUCCCCUGCUUUGAAAUAAGAAGAAUUAAAUCUUGGAUUCUGAAAAGUUGAGCAAUUGCAUGUAAGUGUUUUCCCCUCUUUAAUAACAUUUUUAUCUUGUUUGUUUCUUUCAGUUUUUGAAAUAAAAACCUCUGGAACAUAAAUAAAAAAAACGUUGUUGUUUUAACUUCUAUCACAUGUACAGUAAACAAACUGAAAACAAACAUUGCAUAUUUUCGU